UUGCUUUUUUUGCUCUCUCUCUCUCUCUCGUUCUUCCCAUCUCGAGGAGAGAGACCACUCUACUUCUCCAUUCCCCGCCCAAUUUAUCUUCUUCUCCGGCGACGGCAAUCUUUCCACAUUAACCGCCACCGGAAUCUUUACUGUCUAAGACUGUAUCUUCUUCCUAUAUCCUUUCAAUCCGCGAAGUUUCUGGAUGGCGCGCAAGAAGAAGAACACUGAUCCGCGUCAAGGAGUCGCCGGUGAGGGUCCAAGUGAAGCGACCGCUGCCGGAAAGAGUUCAGUAUCUGAUAAGCCGAGUAGUCAAAAUCAAAGUAGGAUCGACAGGGUGGUUGUCAAGGAAUCGGAUGAAGGUCUGUCGUAUUCCGCAAUUAAACUCGAAUGUGAGAAGGCUCUUACCGCACUUCGGCGCGGAAACCACACCAAGGCACUCAGGCUUAUGAAGGACUUGAGUUCAAGAAAUGAGAACUCUGUUAACUCGGCACUGAUUCAUCGCGUUCAGGGUACUCUUCUUGUAAAAGUUGCGUCGAUUAUUGAUGACCCGAGUACAAAGCAGCGGCAUUUGAAAAAUGCGAUUGAGUCGGCUCGGAAAGCUGUCCAACUCUCACCAGACUCAAUUGAAUUUUCACAUUUCUACGCAAAUUUGCUUUAUGAGGCCGCAAAUGAUGCAAAGGAGUACGAAGAGGUCGUGCGAGAGUGUGAGCGGGCCUUGGUAAUUGAAAAUCCUAUCGAUCCUGCCAAAGAAAGUUUGCAAGACGAACAGAAUCAGAAAAUACCUACUGCCGAAGCCCGAAUCACACACGUUCAGACGGAAUUGAGGCAGUUAAUUCAAAAAUCGAGUAUAUACUCUAUAUCAUCUUGGAUGAAGAAUUUAGGUAACGGGGAAGAGAAGUUCAGAUUGAUUCCCCUUAGAAGAGUGACAGAGGACCCAAUGGAGGUGGGGAUGGUUCAGGCUAGAAGGGCAAACGAAAUCAAGAAAGCAACCAAAACGCCUGAAGAGCGAAGGAAGCAGAUUGAAGUCCGUGUUGCUGCUGCAAGGCUGAUGCAACAACAGUCUGAGUCGCCUCCAAUGCAGGAUGAAGGAGGUAAAGCUGAUCGGACCCCGGAUUCAUCUUCAGGGUCUGUUCGGACCCAGGAGACAUCUUCAGGGUCUGUUCGGAACCAGGAGACAUCUCCAGGGUCUGUUACAAGGGUUGUUGAGCGGCGGAAACAUGGUAGUGUGCGGAAACUUGGCUCUUCAGCUGAAAGAAAGAAUUGGGUUUAUUCUUUGUGGAAUUCUAUGAGUUCAGAAUCAAAGAAAGAUGUGCUUAAGAUCAAGAUUAGUGAUCUUGAGACUCACUUUAGUUCUUUGAAGGAUACCUCGGCAAAUGAAUUUAUUUCAGAAGCCUUGUCUUUUUAUGACGCCAAUAAAACAUGGAAAUUUUGGGUUUGCUGCAAAUGUGAUAAGAAAUUUGUGAAUCCAGAAUCCCAUAUGCACCACGUGGCUCAAGAGCACUUGGGCAACCUUUUGCCGAAAAUGCAAUCUAUGUUGCCACACAAUGUCGAUAAUGAUUGGAGUGAAAUGCUUCUCAAUUGCUCUUGGAAACCGUUGGAUGUUUCAGCUACAACCAAAAUGUUCACAGAUCAAACUAAAUGCAAAGAUUCUGAGUUCGUUGAAGAUAUGUGCCCACAACGUUUUUCAGAAUGUGACGAGUGUCUCAAAGACGCAUGGGAUUCUUCUCCAGAGAAGCAGGAUCAUGAGAAUAUUUUAAAUGAAUCCAAACUUUAUGAAAAAAUUAGCAACAGCGGAUAUCAAAUACCUGAUAGUUUUCCAGUAUCUGAUGACCCUGAGCGUGCAAAGCUUCUUGAAAAAAUUCGUGCGGUAUUUGAGUUACUUAUUAAACAUAAAUAUCUUGCUGCAAGCCAGCUAAACAAGAUUAUACAAUUUACCAUGGAUGAGCUACAGGGUAUUGUUUCUGGACCUCAUCUUCUAAAGCAGGGUCUAGAUCAAACACCACAAUGUAUUUGCUUUCUAGGUGCUUCUCAGCUUAGGAAAAUCCUUAAGUUUUUGCAAGAAUUAUCUCAGUCUAGUGGUGUAGGUAGAUACUCUGAUAGAAGUACCGAUCAAAAUGAAGAUUCAAAGAGUGACAAACAAUCUGUUGAGGUCGAAGAGAAAAUUGUCUUUAAUGGAGAUGCAUCACUUCUACUCCUUAAUGAGGGUUUGUUAUCAUCUAAAACCCCUCAUGUCAGUGAUCAGAUGCCUGCUGCAAGUGAGGUUAAUUCUGACGAUCCUUUCCUAUCAUGGAUAUAUGCAAGUCCCUCUAGUGGGGAACAAUUAGCAUCAUGGGCAAAAACAAAGGAGGAAAAGAAACAAGGGCAAACGGAAAAUUUUCAAUCGCUUGAGAAGGAAUUUUACCAACUGCAGAACCUUUGUGAGAGAAAAUGUGAGCAUUUGAACUAUGAGGAAGCACUGCAGUCAGUGGAGGAUCUCUGCCUUGAAGAGGGCAAGAAGAGAGAAGCUAUAACUGAAUUUAUCCCCAAAAGUUAUGAGUCAGUCCUGAGGAAGCGAAGAGAGGAGCUUAUCGAGGCUGAAAACGAUGCGAUGUAUAUAGGCAGUAGGUUUGAGUUGGAUGCUUUAACUAAUGUUUUGAAAGAAGCUGAAGCUCUGAAUGUUAAUCAACUUGGAUAUGGGGAAAAUUUUGCCAGCAUUCCUUCUCAGUUAUAUGAUUUGGAAUCUGGUGAAGAUGAAGGUUGGAGGGCUAAGGAUUAUUUGCAUCAAGUUGAUACUUGUAUUGAAGUUGCAAUAAAGAGACAGAAGGAACAACUAUCUAUUGAGAUUAGCAAAAUUGAUGGACGCAUCAUGCGAAAUGUUACUGGAAUGCAAGAGUUGGAACUUAAGCUGGACCCUGUUUCGGCACACGAUUAUCAAUCAAUAUUGUUGCCUCUUGUGAACUCAUACUUGAGGGCACAUUUAGAAGAUUUGGCUGAAAAAGAUGUCACGAAGAAGUCUGAUGCUGCAAGAGAAGCAUUUUUAGCUGAACUGGAACGAGAUUCAAAGAAGGAUAGCAAAGGUGGAAGUGAUAAUCUGAAACAUGCACGUGAAAAGUCAAAGGAAAAGAAAAAGAGCAAGGAGUUUAGGAAAGCCAAGGACUCUAAGUUGGUCAGCGUUCGUGAGCAAAAUGUGCCUCAUGAUGAGGUUGUCGAUAGAGAUACCUUUCAAGUUCCAUCUGAUGGUGAUGCCGCAGAGGUGGAUAUUGCUGUUAGUGAGAACUCUGAUGCUUUAAGACUAGAAGAGGAAGAGAUAAGACGCAAAAUUGAGCUAGAAGCAGAUGAAAGAAAGCUAGAAGAGACUUUGGAGUAUCAAAGACGAAUUGAGAAGGAGGCUAAACAAAAGCAUUUGGCUGAACUACAAAAGAAAUCUGCACAGACAAAUCUAAAGAAGAAAGUUGCUCUGGCAGUACCUGAGAAUCCCAUUGGAUUCACCCCCAGUGUUGAGGGUGUUGAUGAGCAUUUUAAGCUUUCUGUGGUGGAUCAAUUGGCAGAAAAUGAUUUGGUUCCCGACUCUUCUAGUACGGCAAGUGCUUCUUCAGGUGCAUCCAAUGUGGAAAAUUCAGAUACUAGCCUGCGAUCGUCUGAUAGGAGGAAGGGUAGGAGAGGUAGACGACAUAAGGGUGUAACCAAACCAGUUGAUGGAAAUCAAUCUUCACAUUCUGAUAAGGAUAAUGUAGCCUUUGAUAGCCAACUGAAUGAGCAAGUUAGAUAUCAUGACAAUCUCCCAGUAGAUAGUGUUAAUCCCCAUUCUGAAGAUAAUAGUACGAAGACUUUGAGACAACAACAAGCAGAGGAUGAUGAGAAACAAUUUCAAGCUGACCUUAAGAAGGCUGUACGCGAGAGCCUUGAUGCAUUUCAAGAAAAGCAGAACUUUCCAAGUUCCAGUACACCAUCAACCAGUCGUGGUGAAGUAGAUAGUACCGAUCUUCCAUCAAAUGAACUCAAUGCAGGCAAUGUGCAGGGAGCAGAUAUUUGUGGUACAGGACUUAAGAAUGAAAUUGGUGAAUACAAUUGCUUUCUGAAUGUGAUUAUUCAGUCCUUAUGGCAUUUACGAAGGUUUCGAGAAGAGUUCCUGAGAAGAUCUAAGAUCAAGCAUGUUCAUGUUGGGGAUCCCUGUGUUGUUUGUGCAUUAUAUGAUAUCUUCACUGCCUUGAGCAUGGCAUCUGCAGAUGCUAGAAAAGAAGCAGUUGCCCCCACUUCUUUGAGAAUAGCUCUGAGUACUCUUUGUCCUGAUAAUAAAUUUUUCCAAGAGGGCCAAAUGAACGACGCCUCUGAAGUGCUGGCAGUCAUAUUUGAUUGCCUACACCAGUCAUUGACUCCUAGUUUGAGCAUUUCUGAUACAGAAUCAGUAGAAAGCAAUUGCAUGGGGUCGUGGGACUGUGCAAGUGACACUUGUUUGGUACAUUCCAUUUUUGGCAUGGACAUUUUUGAACGAAUGAAUUGCUAUAGCUGUGGCCUGGAAUCUAGACAUCUAAAGUACACUUCCUUCUUUCACAAUAUAAAUGCGAGUGCCCUUCGAACAAUGAAGGUCAUGUGUACAGAAAGCUCCUUCGAUGAACUUCUGAAUGUUGUUGAAAUGAAUCAUCAGCUAGCUUGUGAUUUGGAUGUUGGUGGUUGCGGAAAGCUCAAUUACAUUCAUCACUUUCUUACUGCACCACCACAUGUGUUCACAACAGUCUUGGGCUGGCAGAACACUUGUGAGAGUGCUGAUGACAUAACAGCGACAUUAGCUGCUCUGGAUACUGAGAUAGAUAUCAGUGUUCUUUAUCGGGGUCUAGAUCCAAAGAGUACACAUAACUUGGUAUCAGUGGUUUGCUAUUAUGGUCAACACUAUCAUUGUUUUGCCUACAGUCACGACAAGAAAUGCUGGAUAAAGUAUGAUGAUAGAACUGUUAAGGUAAUUGGUGACUGGCUUGAUGUUCUUACCAUGUGCGAAAAAGGACAUUUGCAACCUCAGGUUCUUUUCUUUGAAGCUGUAAAUUAGCGAUAUUUUGGAACUGUCUCAUUAGCCAUACUGGUGGAACGUGAGUUACAUUUGAUUUCUGCCUCGGGAAGGAGUUGUUUAUAGGGAAAGACUUGCCAUGUACAUCCACAGAAUUCAGACAGUACGUGUAACAUUUGUUUUGAAAGAAAAAUUUUGACCGGGUCAUAUCAUAAAUCUCUGAGUUUUCUGAUACAAUCAACGAAUUUUUGGAGAUCUGGUCCUCAAGGAGAAUAUUGUAAGUAAGAUAAACUUUCUUCUAAAUUGAGGGAGCCAGAUGAUUGGAAAGCCAAAAGUUAGAUAGGCCACUCAGGUUUCUGCCUCUGGAAUACCUUCUUGGUUUUGAUCCUCUAAAUAGUUGCUAGAGAAGGUAAGGAACAUAGGGUGAUUUUUUGUGAUAUCAUACUUAGGAUGUUAUAGCUGUAUCAUAAGAGUAAUGAUGUCUGGUUGUUGAGAAGACCAACAUAGCGAACAGUUGAGACACAGUCUAGUUAGAGACAAUGCUAGAUGUUUUUCAUCUUCAUUUACUUUUCUGCAGUUUUAGGUGCUGUAUAGUUCCAAUCAAAAUUCAGUUAGGAUGUUAUACACUCUAUAUUUUGUCAUCCAGAUUUGAAUGAAUCAAUAUGAAUCAGUCUUCAAGUUCCCUAUUC